AUGACACUUUCGCCGGCGCGGACGACCUCGCAAGCGCGACGAAUACAGAAAUGCGACGAAUUGAUAGCCAUUCUGAGAUCGGCCGGCGUCAAGUUGGACAAAUGGGCGGCUACGCACCCCGAGCUACUGCCUUCAAGCACGACGCAAGGCAACGGCUGCGCGUCGAAGAAAAUCGACAGCGAGAAGGCAGUGAAAACCCUCGGUGUGCACUGGUCGCCUUCGCUGGACUGCUUCAGUUUCACCACCGAUGAGAUCGAGUGCCGUCGCGAAAAACUGACCAAGCGAACUAUCUCCUCCGAUAUCGCGCGAUUAUUUGACCCGCUAGGCUGGCUCGUGCCAAUCACCAUGACCGCAAAGACCAUCCUGCAAGAUUUAUGGCUCGAGAAGAUAGACUGGGACGCCCGCGUGUCAGGUGAAGUUUUUGAUAGAUGGCUCACCUACUGCCGCUCCUUAGGCUUUCUCUCGUCGUUAUCGGUGCCUCGUUGGUUAGGCCUCUCGCAGCGCAAGUCAUACGAGGUACAUGGCUUUUCGGAUGCCUCUAAACGUGCGUACGCUGCCGUUGUCUACCUGCUGAUUGAUAACGAUGACGGUACCUUUGCCGUUUCGCUACUCGCGGCUAAAACAAAGGUCGCCCCCGUGAAAACUGUUAGCAUACCUAACCUUGAGUUGCUCGGCGCAGUGCUGACAGUUAAGCUCGUCCGCCACCUGCAAGGGCUCGAGUUCGUUAGGUCCGCGCCGACCGAGUUACCUUCUGCGACGUGGGAUCAUGUACCCACGAAACAGAACCCGGCUGACAUAGCAUCUCGCGGCGCUACCCCCGCCGAACUAAAAUCGCUCGAUCUAUGGUGGCAGGGCCCACCCUGGCUCGCUUCUCACUCACAAGCAUGGCCUCAGUCGCCAGAAACUGUGAAAGUCCUGCACACAAAGUCGAGAAAUGACGAACCAGAGGUAUUGUCGCGGUAUUCGACCUUGACCAUAUUGACACGCGUGACAGCUUGGUAUUUGCGACCGUUUUUACAAUACACGCGGCGCAAGGCGCAAGAGGGUUUAUACACUCCGUUCUUCUCGACGGCAGAGCUCGACAACGCCCGGCAGGUAAUCCUGAAGCUUGCUCAGUCGCAUGCAUUCGCCUGUGAGAUCGAGCUUUUACGGGACGGUAAGGGCCUCAAACGGCACGCCUUGCACUCAUUGAGGCCGUUCCUCGAUAGCGAUGGUGUCUUGCGGGUUGGAGGUCACUUAAGUAACGCGCCGCUACCUUCUCACGUGCGAAAUCCGCCGAUUCUACCUCGUCAAUCGGCCCUUAGUCGACUAUUCGUCGCUCAUGCACACUGUAAAGCCCUACAUGGUGGACCUACUCUGACCAUAAGUGUUCUGUUACGAUUCGCAUGGAUCAUAGGUAUGCGUGCGCUUAUCAAGUCUGCGAUUCGCAAAUGCGUAAAGUGCCAACGCCACAAACCCCGCUUGGCCCAUCAACUAAUGGGUAACCUACCAGCCGAGCGAGUGACGCCUGCUCGCCCUUUCACCAUCACCGGCUUGGACUACGCCCGACCGUUUCAAGUGCGUACCUCCAAAGGUCGUGGCCAACGCGCUUUCAAAGGAUAUAUCGCCUUAUUUGUUUGUUUUGCCACCAAGGCGAUACAUCUGGAAUUGGUGAGCGACCUAACAACAGCAACCUUCAUCGCAGCCUUCCGCCGUUUCGUCAGCCGACGAGGGCUAUGCAAGCAACUCGUCAGCGACAACGCAACGACCUUCCGAGGCGCGGAUGCCGAGCUGCGUGCUAUGUUCCGCGCAAGUUCCAUUUUCUUUCAAGAAGUCGCUUCUACCUUAGCCAACGAUGGUAUCACGUGGACUUUCAUACCACCCACCACGUCUCACUACGGAGGGUUUGCUACAUCAGGCCUCAUUCCUGACGAGAAGACACCGGCUGUACCAAUAUAUCGACUUAGCCGCUUCCAGCUUCUCCAACGUAUUCGCGACCAGUUCUGGAAACGUUGGACCAGUGAAUACGUGCUCCUACUCCAGGAAAGGGGCAUUGGACAGCUGGUCCUUCUGAAGGACGACCGUUACCCAGCUUCCAAAUGGCUUCUUGGUCGGAUGCUGGAGAUGCACGCUGGAUCUGACGGUGCUGUCCGGCUAGUCACGAUGAAGACGGCCAACAACACCUUCAGACGACACGUCGCUUGUCUCGCACCGCUGACGCUGGAUCAUCAAAAGGAUCAAGAGGAGUCGGCCAAGUGGGAGAGAUCAGCGCGUAAAACUAAGUCGCGAUAG